AUGCUGAAGCGCCAAGAUUCAAGAGGGUUACCAACCCGUUUUUCUGAACAAUACUCAACCGAUAAACGAUCCAUAUCGGUAGCCAAGAACGAUGAUUCCGGCGAAAGACAGAAACAAGAUCAGGCGAUCAGCUUCUGGCUCUCAGAGGCUGAAAAGCUACAGCCUGAGCGACGAGCCCUCUUCUUGGAAAGUGCAGAAUCGGAUAAUUACGAGGAUUAUGUCUCUAGUCUGGCCCGCGCCGUCCAAGACACUGUCAACAACAGCAAAAUUUCCAAACUUUCGAGAAGGAUAAAACCCAUCUACUUGCUUGCGAACUCCAUCGCCCCGAUUACGACAAGCGCGAGUCAAAUCAAUCCUAUGCCUGCGUCCCUGGUGCUCGGGGGUAUUACCUGCAUUCUUUCACUCAGUGUACGUCUGGAUGACUUCCAGAGCAAGUUGAUAGAGACACUAGAGUGGAUGGGCGACGAGGUGGAUCUUAUAAACCUGUACAGACAGGAAGGCCUUUUUGGAGAUGAUCCUGCAAUUAAGGCUUGCGAGAUUAACAUUGCUGCCGACAUUCUCAAAUUCUGUAGGAAAGUAGCUAAGCUAUUUUACGACGAAGACGGAAAAAAGAGAAACACUGCAGUAUUCGCUUUAAGAACCCAGUACAAGGACUUUGAUGUCAGAUUCGGGGAGGUCAAGACUAAUUUCAAACUGCACUUGGAUGCCCUCGAGAAGCGGAGAGACAUGGCCAACAUCCGCAAGAUGAGGUCAGUGCAUGAUAAAGUACAUGACAUUAGCGAAAUGCUCAAGCAUGAGUACGGAGGGUCUCGAAAAGGGACCGAUGGUGAAUCCGAGAGAGAUAAGCAAAAAAUAUAUCAAGAAGAAAGACGUCGACGCUUCUUGGACUGGUUGCCUUCUUUAAACUUUGGAGAAAUCCAGGAAAGUAAUUUUGAUCGCCUGGUCCCCGGCUCUGGAGACUGGCUAUUGGACCAUCACAAGUUCCAAACCUGGCGGGACAGCGCCAAUUCGGACCUGCUCUGGGUCUACGGCAAACCUGGAGCGGGAAAAUCACAUCUGGCCGCUCGAGUGAUUACUGAGCUGGGCCCGUCACUAUCUAGUUCUAGUAGCCCAGCGAUGGCAUAUGCCUAUUGCACCACUACCCAGAUGAAGGCGAGGAUGACCAUGAAUAAUCUCCUGGGCUCUUUGCUCGGGCAGCUGUACAAACAGCUCCCAUUGUCCGAAGGCAUUGACACACUGCUAUCUCGCGCCGACACUAGCAGCAAAGAGGAACUACAGCGGAGUGAGAUGAAGGAGGGAAUCAAAAAAGUGGUUUCUCGGCUACGCUCCUCUUUCAUCAUCGUUGACGGUCUUGACGAGUGCAACCACUUCCCGGACCGCCAAUUCGAGGAUCUAUGCAGCUUUCUAGCCGGCCUGACGGAACCCAAAGACUCGGGAAGCUCGACUAAAAUACUCAUUUUCAGUCGCCCAGACUACAAAGCAAUCAACUCAGCCUUCUCCAAGUACCCCCAAGUUGAGGUUGACGGCGGUGUGAAUGAUGCCGACAUCAAAGCGUAUAUAUCGCAAAAGGUCGAUGAAAUCAAUGGGGAUCCAUCCCCAGAAGAACGAUUAGGCUUCGAAGAGAUCAAAAGUUUGAUGUUCAACAAUGCAGGAGGUCUCUUCUUGUGGGUACAUUUUAAGGCAAAAUACUUCAAAGAGAUCGGCAGUGUCGAGGACAUUAAAGACGCUCUACAGGACACAACGGAGGACCUGGACGACCUCUACGGGGAAGAGAUUAAAAAGAUACUCAACCAUUCUUCUCGCUUUGUUCGCGAUCGGGCUUUGAGAGCACUUUUGUGGGUGACAAACUCAUACCGUCCACUCACGAAGAUUGAGUUAUUAGAAGCGCUCUCCAUAAAACCGGGGAGACGAGGACUCAAUCAGUGCCAAAGGCUUCCUCGCGACAUCUCCCUGAGCACAGAAUGUGCUGAUCUUAUUAGUGAGGUCAAUGGGCGCUACCAACUCCGGCAUGCGUCCUUAAAGGACUUCCUGUCAUCACAACUCCCGACACUGCUCGCGUUCGGUGCUCUUCAAUUAGAAGCACACACAAUUCUCGCCGAGACUUGUCUUACGUACAUCAACCUCCAACAAUUCGACACUGUCCAGCUUACCACGCCGAAAGUAUCCGAUGAGCUUUGUUUCCAAUACCCGCUGUUAGACUACGCCAGCCUAUGCUGGGGCGACCACUUUGUGAAAGGCAACGGGCAUAAGAACAAACGUUUGGAGACGCUUCUGGAAGAACUCCUUAGCAAAGAGAAUGCAAUGAGGCUUACGGUCCAAAUCAAAGUAAAUGACUUUAAAAGGUGGACUCCCGGCAAAACCACACCCCUCCAUAUUCUAGCAAUUUUCAACCUUGUCGAAGUUGCGCGGACAAUGCCGAAACUUCAGUCUUUGAUUAGCAACCAAGACGAAUUUAGACGCUCUCCUAUCGAAUACUCGGUCAAGUUUGGUCGAAGGGAGAUGACAAGGUGGCUGCUUGACAGACAUCUGGAAGAAAGCAAAAACGGGAAACCGCUGAGUCCGGCAAUAUUUAAAUCCUGCGAGCGUUGGCUGCUUCACGAUGUUGCAGAAGAAGACUGGGAAGAUAUCGCCCGAGACUUAGUCUCACUGGGGUUUGACAAGGAUAUCCCUGACUUUAGAGGAGAGACUCCAAUACAUUCUGCCGCCAAAGCUGGAGCAAAUCGAACGUUGAGCUGUUUCUUGGAAAUGGGUGCACUGCUUAAUACCACAACCAUGGACGGUGACACGCCUCUUACUGCAGCAGCCUUCCAUCUUAACCCCUCCGGGGUCGAUGCUUUGCUUCGUGCGGGCGUGGAAGCGACCCAGGCCGGAAAAUAUCAGGAGACGGCCCUUCAUUACGCGGCGGAAUGUGGACUUGCAGACAUGGUUGUCAAUCUGCUAAGCCAUGGGGCUGAUGUCAAUGCUCGGUGCUCACCCAAACGAGGCCUUUUCGGGCAAACUCCUUUACAUUAUGCCGCUAGGUGUAACAUGGCCGAAGUAGUCGAGAUACUAAUCAAGCAUGAAGCAGGGAUGGAUAUUGAGACAACAAAGGGAGACAAUGCUUUCAUGAUGGCAUGCGGUUUCGGUAACAUCGAGGUGGUCAAAGUCCUUCUGAAAAACGGCACCGACCCAUCCACACGCAACUCGGCAAAUGGCCAGACAGGGCUUCAUGUUGCCGCAGACCGGGGAGAUACUUCGUUGAUAAAGAUUCUUUUGGAAACUCGGGCCCGCGACACCCUUUUGAAUGCUCUUGAUGAAGAUGGAAACACACCCCUGAUCAUUAGCCUUAUGGCGGAACAGACGACGGUCGCCAAGAUGCUUCUUGAACAGGGAGCUCAGUCUGAUUUGGCAAACAAGGUCGGAUGUACCCCAUUGUGGAUUGCUAUAGAAAAUAAUUGUGGCGAGGUUGCGAGGUUGCUUUUGACAGACUACAAGAGCGGCGCAGACAGACCUGGUUAUGGUGGAAAGACAGCUCUCCAUCUUAUUGCAAGUCGUGGAUGGUCAGAUUUACUGCCGCUGAUCCUGGAACAAAACGGAAGCCCAGAAGCGAGAGAUGAUGAAGGGCUUGCGCCUCUUCAUUACGCAGCUGCAUUCAACCAAUGCGAUUUCAUAAACGAGUUGAUGAGGUUGUCUUCCGGUCUAGACACUUGUCCUCUUAACAUCAAGGGACUUACACCGCUUCAUUUUGCGGCUAGAGAAGGCUCUGUGGAUGCAAUCAGGCUUUUGAAAAAGAUCAAUCCCUCGUCCUGUUCCGUCAAGACGGAAUCAGCAAAGAUGCUACCAAUCCACCACGCUGCUUUCUCUGGCCAGGUUCAAUGUGUGGCUGAGCUGGUAACGCCCGAGACUAUCAAUAGCGAGUGUAGCAGUGGAGAAACUCCUUUGUGGAUUGCAUGUAUGAAGGGACGGUAUAACGUAGUACGGCACCUGAUUGAAUGUGGUGCUGAUGUCGACAAAGCUGAUGAAAGUGGGAACACCCCUGCUCUGGUUGCUUCGUCUCAGUCGUAUAUACGCAUCACGAAUCUCCUCCUGGAUAACGGGGCCAGUGCAGAAAUAGCUGCAAGAAAUGGUACUAACCUGCUUCAUAUUGCUGCGGAAAUCGGAAACGAGAAACUGGUUGACCACUUUUUGCGGCUUUCGGACAAUGACCUAAAAGAGACAAACCUGGGAAGUAUGAUAUUCGCCAUGAACGAGGAAGGAUGGGAUGCCAUGUGUUUCGCAGCCAGAGGCGGCCAACACCGCAUGGUGGAACGCCUUCGCAAGCUUCAGAUUCCGAUCGACAGUAUGGGUCGUGGCUUUAUGAAUCCCCUGACCUUGGCCGCUGCACAUGGCUAUUCAGACUUUGUGAAAGUGGCUGUGGCACAAGGCGCUUCUCUUCAAAGCAAAAGCCGUUGGGAUGAGUGGUUCCAGCGAGAUGCGCUUCUGAACGCCACGGCAUGCCAGAGGAGGCAAACCGCAGAGAUCUUGCUGGCCAACGGCGCUGACCCGACGAUGAGGGAUUGCUACGGCAUGUGUGCGAUCGACUAUGCAGCGCAAAGCCCGUUGUUGUCAGGCGUGUUCGAUCGUUUGCUCAAAGACUAUCAGCCAUUGGACCCAAAGACUCGGAAUGAAAAUGUGAUCAGGGGUAUCGUCAAAUUCGCAAGCGCAGAAGAACUAGCCCAAGCCGGCAGGGAUGAUAAAGCUGCGCGGGACAGACACCUGCAGGUAUGCGGGAUAACAGCAGGUUUGCUUCUACUCAAUACGCCAACUAGCAUCGAGCAAGCCCGUCUUUGCAUGUUCGAAUUGGCAGGAGACCAAGUAACAUGCGAUAUGUGCGCGGAAUCCGUCUCGGUACCCUUCUUUCAGUGCACUGUGUGCACGGAUUUAGACCUAUGUCCACCUUGUCACCAAGUGUACUGCCAGUCCACGCCGCCCAACACGAUACCGGAGCAUAUUAAAGAUUUCUGGGCACUUGAGGAGGAGAUGUAUCCGGUCCUUCGAGUUGCUGUGGUGUUUCGAAAACAAGGUGUUGAAUCGUUACCAAUAUGCUUCAAGAACCUUGGCCAGAUCGUCGAAGAGUGGAUAGACGAAAGAGCUGAGGCGUAUGUGCGCUGGGAAAAGUUUCACGAGCUAGAAGCGGACUUCAACCCACGCCCGGCGCCUGGUUGGACAUUUAUACGUCUUCUCGACGCUGUGCGAGGACUGAAAUGGCUUGAUCCGGGCAAAAACAAUGCAGAGAAUGCCGAAAGAACCAUCCAUUUUGGAGAUGUGCAGCAAGGGUUAGAGACCAUUUACGAAAAGUUCAGUCCCCAAACGGAGAACCACAAGCCGGCUUGCAACGGACACGAGUUCAUUGAAAUCUUGCCGCAUACACAACUAUCUGCCGAAGACCAAAAUCAUUUUGAGGCGGAAGGAAAUUUGAAGAGAGAGUUUAUCGAGGACUUGGCCAGGCAGUACUCGGAUCGCUUAGCUCAAAACAACGACGAAAGCAGCGUUCAGGCAGCCGAUACCCCAAUACCGCAUAUAACUGUACAAGAUCAAGUAAUUGCUAAUGAGGUUGAGAUGAUAGUCUUGAAGAGUGACAGAGCUGAGAAAAACAAGCAAAGGCUGAAUCUGCUUCGCGAGAAGUUGUUAGAGAACAUUGCUGAGUCUUCACCUCAAGGGAAUACAUACAGUGGCGUCAACGGAGCUGCAGCCGCGUUGGACACGCCAUUGAACGUACACGAAAUUUCUUGGGAGUUGGCUCAUGCUAUUCUCGGAGUUCCAUAUCCUGGGGGCUUGUCUGAUCCAUCACCUACUUAA